AUCUGAAUAUAUAUCUUCCCAUUAUGUAACUCUGGACAGGCUUUCUGACAAAUACAUAAAACAAAUAUUCAUGCCGACAUUGUGUUUCUCUUAAGAUAUAAAUUUAAAGUAGAAUGACGAAUGAAAAGUUACCUUUACAUCUAAUUGACUACGUUAUAUUCCUAAUAACAAUUUUUAUUUCACUUGGAAUUGGAGUUUACCAUGCAGCCACAGGUGGAAAACAGCGGACUACAUCCGAGUUUUUCGUCGGCGAUAGGAAAAUGUCAGUUCUUCCUGUUGCUUUAUCGAUGAUGGUCACAUUCGAAUCUUCCAUUCUAAUGAUAGGAACACCAGCUGAAGUAUAUGUAUACGGUAUACAGAUAAUAAUAGAAACGUUUGGCUGGUUCAUUUCCUAUGUUUUAACACUGGGUAUGGUAGUUGCGUUGAUUCAUCCACUUAAACUAACGAGUGCUUACGAGUAUCUAGAGAGGAGGUUCAAGUCAAAAUACGUCAGAAUCUUGGGAACAUUGAUUGGUAUUCUCUAUUAUGUUGCUUAUCUUGGAAUUGUUUUAUUUGGACCUGCUAUUGCACUGGAAGCUGUUUCAGGUGUUCCUUUGUGGUUGUCUAUCAUAGAAGUAGCUGGAACUGCCGUUGUUUAUACAACAAUAGGUGGCUUCAAAGCUGUGGUAUGGGCAGAUGUCUUUCAAACGCUUAUCAUGUUUAUUGGAGUAGCCGCUGUCUUAAUAAAGGGUACAAUGAGGAUAGGAGGAAUCGGCAAAUCAUGGUCAAUUGCUCAGAAUAAACAUAGGCUUAAUUUUUUUGAUUUCAGAUCGGAUCCAACACUACGGCAUACAUUUUGGUGCUUGUCUAUUAAUGGUUUCUUCCGCAGCUUUGGACUACUUGUUAACCAGUCGUCUGUCCAGAGAAUCAGUUCAAUGCCAACACAAAGUGCAGCUAGAAAAGUGUUGAUAAUUACGGCUCCCGCGUUUUCGGUCACUUUAUGCCUGGCUUGCGUUGAAGGGAUUGUCGCUUAUUCGUAUUUUGAUGUUAAAGGAUGUGACCCAUUAGAAUCAGGAGAAAUUAGAGAUCCAAACCAGAUUAUACCGUACAUGGUUACUGACUUAUUUCAAGAGCAAGUUGGAAUGUCGGGACUUUUCCUAGCGUCAUUAUUCAGUGCUUCAUUAAGUACUCUAUCAUCGGGUCUCAGUAGUCUUUCAGUGCUUGUAUUGGAAGAUCUUAUUAAACCAUUUACACAGCCAAUGUCAGAGUUCAGGGCAACGCUAAUAGCAAAAGCUACAGUUGUUUGUUUUGGAAUUGUUGCUGUUGUAAUAGCAUUUUUGACAUCUUUAAUUGGUGGGACAUUGGUGCAGAUCGCUGUAAGUAUUCUAGCCUCAUUUCACGGCCCUCUAGCAGGAAUGUUUAUGUUUGGCGCAUUUUGCCCCUGGGCUUCUUCAAAGGGUGCUUUUGGAGGGACAAUUAUUGGUGUGAUAUUGACAUUAUGGAUAUGUAUUGGUCAAAUGACAACGGAUGGAUCCGUGAGUAGCUCGGAAUUACCGCCUGCACCAACUGAUCUUUGUAUGAUUCCAAACUUCACAAUACCUAGAUUUAAUCACACGUAUUCCUCAGUGACUCCUGUCAGUACAACGGACAUUUUGAAUGGAUAUUCAACUUCUUUUGCAAAAGAUGCAUCUUCGCCAGAAAUUUCGGGAGUGCAGCAUAUGUACACGAUGUCUUAUCAAUGGUUUAGUACAGUAGGAAUAGCAUCUGUUUUUAUAUGUGGAUCAAUUAUUUCCAUUUUUACAGGUAUCAAUAAACCUCAAGAAGGAGAUCACAUUUACUUCAUAUCCGUGUUUGAUCAUCUUUUUUGGUAUCUACCGGAAUCUGUGUUGAAAUAUCUGAGAUGUGGCAUCAAUUAUCAAAAUGGCAAGAGAAUUAUAAAGGAAGGACAAGAACAUGAGAUGAUAAUGCAAGACUCAGUAUCUUAAAUUAUUUGUAUUUAACGUGUGUUUUGUUUGUUUGUUGUUGUUUUUACUGGUCUAUACAUCGACAUUAACAUAUGAUUUAGAUUCAACUUAUGAAUGCAUUGAGAUACGAUUAAAAAUUUUAAGAAAUAAAAUGUUAUAAAAAAAUGAAAAUAUCUUAAAAUAA